CUGCCCAGGCAGGUCACUGUGUGAAUCUGAACUACCAUCAUGAGAUGAGGGGGAGGGGGAGAGGUGGCGGUGGUUAUACCAAAACGGCAUGCAGUGCGAUGGCUGAUGAGACAGGACGGCUUAGAAGAAGCGGUGGGUCCCUGUACACUGUGAGGGGCAUCACCUUCCGUCUUUGUGAUACUUCAGUUCCAGGAACACAAACUAUGUCUCUGAGCAGUGCCUUCAGGGCUGUGGGCAAUGACCCUGGGAUCAUCACCUGGAGAAUUGAGAAAAUGGAACUGGUGCUGGUGCCUCUGAGUGCUCAUGGCAACUUCUACGAGGGAGACUGCUACAUCAUUCUCUCGACCCGGAGAGUGGGCAGCCUCCUCUCCCAGGACAUUCACUUUUGGAUCGGGAAGGACUCCUCCCAGGACGAGCAGAGCUGUGCAGCCAUCUAUACCACACAGCUGGAUGACUACCUGGGAGGCAGCCCCGUGCAGCACCGUGAGGUCCAGUACCAUGAAUCUGACACCUUCCGAGGCUACUUCAAGCAGGGGAUCAUUUACAAAAGGGGGGGCGUGGCCUCUGGGAUGAAGCAUGUAGAGACCAACACCUAUGACCUGAAGCGACUGCUACAUGUAAAGGGGAGAAGAAACAUCAGGGCCACUGAGGUGGAAAUGAGCUGGGACAGUUUUAACCGAGGUGACGUCUUCUUGCUGGACCUUGGGAUGGCUAUCAUCCAGUGGAACGGCCCAGAGAGCAACAGCGGGGAGCGACUCAAGGCUAUGCUUCUGGCGAAGGACAUUCGGGACAGGGAGCGAGGGGGCCGUGCUGAGAUUGGAGUGAUUGAGGGAGACAAAGAGGCAGCCAGCCCAGAGCUGAUGACAGUCCUUCAGGACACCCUCGGCCGACGCUCCAUCGUCAAGCCUGCAGUUCCUGAUGAGAUCAUGGAUCAGCAGCAAAAGUCAAAUAUCAUGUUGUAUCAUGUCUCCGAUGCAGCUGGGCAGCUGGCAAUCACAGAGGUGGCAACAAGGCCUCUGGUCCAGGACCUGCUGAACCAUGAUGACUGCUACAUCCUGGACCAAAGUGGAACCAAGAUCUAUGUGUGGAAAGGCAAAGGAGCCACAAAGGUUGAGAAACAGGCAGCCAUGUCCAAAGCCCUGGAGUUCAUCAAGAUGAAGGGUUAUCCCAGCAGCACCAACGUGGAGACUGUCAACGAUGGCGCCGAGUCAGCCAUGUUCAAACAGCUGUUCCUGAAAUGGUCAGUGAAGGAGCAGACCACAGGCUUGGGGAAAACAUUCAGCAUUGGAAAGAUUGCUAAAGUCUUCCAGGACAAGUUUGAUGUGAGUCUCCUACACACCAAGCCAGAAGUGGCUGCCCAGGAGAGAAUGGUGGAUGAUGGCAAUGGGAAGGUUGAGGUCUGGAGGAUUGAGAACCUGGAGCUGGUCCCUGUGGAACAUCAGUGGUAUGGCUUCUUCUAUGGGGGAGACUGCUAUCUGGUUUUCUACACAUAUGAGGUGAACGGGAAGCCCCAUUACAUCUUGUACAUCUGGCAGGGCCGCCAUGCCUCACAGGAUGAGCUGGCAGCCUCGGCCUACCAGGCUGUGGAGGUGGAUCAGCAGUUUGAUGGAGCCCCGGUGCAGGUUCGGGUGAGCAUGGGGAAGGAGCCACGCCACUUCAUGGCCAUCUUCAAAGGAAAGCUGGUUAUCUAUGAGGGUGGGACUUCCAGGAAGGGAAAUGCAGAGCCUGAACCUCCGAUAAGACUCUUCCAGAUCCAAGGAAAUGACAAAUCCAAUACCAAAGCAGUGGAAGUCUCGGCCUUCGCUUCCUCACUCAACUCUAAUGACGUCUUUCUGCUGCAAACUCAGACAGAACACUACUUGUGGUAUGGCAAGGGAUCUAGUGGGGAUGAGCGGGCAAUGGCCAAGGAGCUGGUCGAGCUUCUCUGUGGUGGCGACGCAGACACUGUGGCUGAGGGCCAGGAGCCACCUGAGUUCUGGGAGCUUCUGGGAGGAAAAACACCUUAUGCUAAUGACAAAAGGUAUGUGAACACAUCAGCCCUGUAUUCUGGGCUCCUCUGGCCUCCUAAGAUCCUUCACGGUUUUCAACAUGAUUUCUUUCUGGGCUGGGGACAUAGCAAAGUCCUUGUUGUACAAGCUGCAGACCCGAGUUCCAUCUGUCGGUAUGUACAUUACAAAGUGAAAGCAUGCAGACCCAAGUUCCAUCCCUUGGAAUGUACAUUACAAAACAGCUACAGCAACACAGGCCACUGGGGAGGUGGAGACAAGAGGAUCCUUCAGACUUGCUGGCCGGCUAGUCUAGUCAAAUCGACACUACACUCCAGGUUCUGUGGGAGCACCUGUCUUCAGAACGAAGGUGGACACCCAAAGCCACCUCAGUCCUCAUAUGUACACACAUGCACACACACACAGGGUCCCCCGCACAAUCAACAGGAUUCCUAUGCAGCUGACCUUCCACACUGCAGGCUGCAGCAAGAAAUCCUGGACGUCCAGGUCCGGCUCUUCGAAUGCUCCAAUAAGACUGGCCGGUUCCUUGUCACUGAGGUCACAGACUUCACCCAGGAUGACCUGAACCCAGGUGACGUGAUGCUCCUGGACACCUGGGACCAGGUGUUCCUGUGGAUAGGAGCCGAGGCCAACGCCACAGAGAAGGAGGGGGCCCUCUCGACUGCCCAGGAGUACCUGGUAACUCACCCCAGUGGCCGAGACCCUGACACACCAAUCUUGAUCAUCAAGCAAGGCUUUGAGCCUCCUACCUUCACAGGGUGGUUCCUGGCAUGGGACCCUCACAUUUGGAGUGCAGGAAAAUCAUAUGAGCAGUUAAAGAAGGAGCUGGGAGAUGCUGCUGCUAUCAUGCGAAUCACUGCUGACAUGAAGAAUGCAACCCUCUCCCUGAGUUCUAACGAAAGUGAGCCAAAAUAUUACCCUAUAGAAGUUCUACUGAAAAGUCAGAACCAGGAGCUGCCUGAGGAUGUGAACCCUGCCAAAAAGGAGAAUUACCUCUCGGAACGAGACUUUGCAUCUGUAUUUGGCAUGACAAGAGGGCAAUUUACUGCUCUGCCUGGCUGGAAACAGCUCCAGCUGAAGAAAGAAAAGGGGCUUUUCUAAAGCAGGACGUCUAUCCAUUGUCCAACCAUGGAAGAGAGCAAGCACGCAGUGCCAACAUCAGCCAAAAAGCCAUACACCAGAUGAGCCUGACAUUCAGCUGCUUUAUCCCAGCAUGCUUUUUCCUUUUUCAUCCGCCCUUGCAUUCCUUGGUUGUAGUACACUAGAAUGUUGACUACUCUUUUCAGCUUUUGUGGCCUCAGCAGAGAGCAGGAAUGUACACAGGUUGAGAUAAAGAACCAGAAACUGAGCUUACACCGUUCAGUGCAUCAGGAACCACAUUUGCUUUAAACUACACCCCGUAGCCGCCCCCACCAAACCCUGGAGUUCCUUGCACACUCACUGAAGGCCGGACUCCAAAUGCCCACCUGGAUCUACCACGUGCUAGAACAUAUUCAAUUUUUCAAAUAAAGAGGUCAUGUGAGCAUA